UGCCCGCAUUCUCUUUCUCCACACACACACACACAGGGCCAAGAUGAGGGAACGGCUGCUGACCACGUGCGAGCGCGAGUUCAUCCACAAUGUGAUGAAGGAAGGCGGGGAGGAUGGCGAGCUUGUGCGGUUGGAUGGGAGAGGGAAGAGCGAGAUGCGACGCGUGCUCGUGACACUGGGCAGGCAACAGUACGGACAAGCCACCGCAUCCAUCGGCAACACACAGGCAAUCUGCCGCGUGUCGUGCAGCAUUGUGCGACCGCACGAGGACAGGCCAACCAAAGGCUUUGUGCGCUAUGGCGUCACCCUCUCGCCCAUGGCAUCCCCCGACUAUGACGCGGGCGGGCGACCCUCCGCGGCCAGCAUUUACCUCACACGACUCCUCGAACACAUCUUCCGCGAAGCGCGCGCGCUGGACGACGAGAGUCUCUGCAUUGUUGCCGGCGAAAAGGUGUGGGCUGUGAGCGUGAAUGUGACGGUGACGAACGAUGACGGCAACAUGGAGGAUGCGUGCGCGCUUGCUGCGCUGGCUGGCCUCAUGCACUUUCGACGCCCUUACGUCUCCAUCGCUGGACAAGACGUCGUGGUGCACCCCUUUGAUGAGCACGAGCCUGUUUCCCUCGCCAUCAACCACCGGCCCCUCAACGUCACCACCGCCCUCUUCGACAACGGCGAUCUCGCCUUGGUUGAUCCCACCAAGAUUGAGCUGAAGGUCGCAGACGGCUCAAUAUCAGUGGCCAUGAACACACACGGCGAGAUUUGCGGCAUCAACAGCUCGGAAGGGCUCGCUGUCGACCCAGAGCAGAUGGAGGCGAUUGUGGCUGCCACAAAGCACCGUGUUACACACUUGUUCACCGCGCUUAACAAGGCAUUCCCAAAGGAGUAGCAGCAUCUCUCUCGCCCCAUGCUUGUGCUUGUGUCUGUGUCUGCAACGCUUUGUGUUGGUGUGCACCAAAUAAACUGC